GGUGCUUUGGGGCUGGACGGAAAUCUUUAGGAAGGACAGUGUGUAGCUGGGAGCGUUUCGGAACCAUCGCACCUUGUCCUCGGCGCUUAUUACAGGAUUCUAGAACAUUGGGCUGUAGUGGAAAAGAAUGAGGAGUGUUUUGGGGAUUUCUCUAUUGAGGAGUUUAAAGGGACAGUUCAAUGUGGUUAUUUCAAUCUCCGAAACGCAGACCCCCACAUUUCUGUGAAUGUUUGAUCGUUUCGGGUUUUGUUCUGUUCUGGUACCGGUAGGCAGUACCAUGUAUCAAGGUUUUAUAGUCAUGCGAAAGUUCCUUUUAAUUGGUAUAGUUGUUGCUGCCGUGCUUCAUUUUCUGCUACAUAUCUUAAUCCAGAAGUGGACCGUUGCCAUAAUACCAACGGACUCCAUGAAAGAGUUCAAGACUUGCUACAAUGAAAACUUUAGAUUCAUCUUAAACGCGUCUGAAAUAGAACCCUUUAUGUGUGGGGAUUUUCGGAAGCAGUCGGUGGCUCUUGGUACCAACAGAUUCGAUCUUCCAUACGGGAUAAGAAAAGGAGAAAGAUAUUUUGAUCUGGCCCUUAAAAACCUCCCGCAUUGUAGCCUUCCGGAUGAAAUCAGGAACAUUUCCUGCAAGAAAUGUGUUGUGGUAGGCAACGGCGGAGUUCUUCGAAACAGCACGUUGGGGAAGAAAAUUGAUUCCUAUGAUGUGGUAAUAAGAAUGAAUGAUGGCCCCGUCCUUGGCUAUGAAGAAGACGUUGGCCAAAAGACCACAUUUAGGUUGUGCUAUCCAGAGUCUAUCUUUUCAGACAGAUCGCACUAUGAUCCCAAUACUACAGUGGUCCUUAUGAUGUUUAAGCCGCAUGAUGUAAAGUGGUUGUCGGAGUUAAUAACGCGCAAGAGAGUGAGCACUUAUGGAUUUUGGAGGAAGCCGGCCAUGAAUCUGAUCUACCAGACUCACCAGCUAAGAGUACUCAAUCCAUUCAUUCUUCAACAAGUGUCUCAAAAUAUACUGAAUUUUCCCAAAAACUUUCCAAAGACAGAAAAACCAAAGCAUCCAACAACCGGCAUUAUUGCGAUCACCCUAGCAUUUCAUAUAUGCAAUGAAGUCCACGUCGCUGGCUUUAAAUAUAACUUGACGUCCCUGAAUAGCUCCCUUCACUACUAUGGGAACGAAACCAUGUCAGUGAUGGCUCAGAAUGAAUAUCACAAUAUAUCAGCAGAACAGAUAUUCCUCAAUGGCCUUGUUCAACGCAGAGAAAUCACCAAUUUAACGUAAACAAUAGGAAAAAGGACCAUUUCUUAAGAUUCUUGUAAAUAUGUAUUUUAUUUUACCAUAAAAAAGUAUUUUUUGAAGAACUAUUGGAUGAGGCAGCAAUAGAGAGAAAAAAAUCCAAACCCUUUUGCCUUUUUUACGUCUUUAUACUGAUUCUGCGUUACGUUACGCAUUUUUAUCUUUGUUGCCGACAUAUCGGUGGAGCACGACGGGAUGACCUGUACUGCGUGACAUAACGUGACCGCUGGUCUCUAGCAAACGCAAAAGACUUCUUUAUGUAUGGACUUCACAGUAUGAUGCAAAGAGACUAGAAAGCGGGUUUUCUACAAAGAAACAACAGAGAUGUUUUGUACAUGAAUAUUUUUUUUCUUUGUAAGAAAUGUAGAAUAUUUGGCCUGUUUUUUGUUAAUUUUGUAAUUAGUUUUGUUAUUGAUUUACUUAGGGUUAAUAUAUUAAAAGAAAAGUAUUGAUUCUGUUCAUUUC